CUGCACUACGGGACCCUCCUGGGCAGCAGAGCUUGUGCCCACAUGGCAGCAGCUGCCUGGGGCAGUGGGUUUCUCACUGCUCUGCUGCACACGGCCAAUACAUUUUCCCUACCCCUCUGCCACGGCAAUGCUGUGGACCAGUUCUUCUGUGAAAUCCCCCAGAUCCUCAAGCUCUCCUGCUCAGAUGCCUACCUCAGGGAAGCUGGGCUAAUUGUGGUUAGUGUCUGUUUAGCCUUUGGGUGUUUUGUUUUCAUUGUGGUGUCCUAUGUGCAGAUCUUCAGGGCUGUGCUGAGGAUCCCCUCUGAGCAGGGACGGCACAAAGCCUUUUCCACGUGCCUCCCUCACCUGGCCGUGGUCUCCCUGUUUAUCAGCACUGCCAUGGUGGCCUACAUGAAGCCCCUGUCUAAUUCCUCUGCAACCCUGAAUCUCGUUAUAUCAUUUCUGUACUCAGUGACCAUCUGUACGCUGCUGUGUCAAGUUUGGGGCCCCCCCUGGGGAGGAGGAGGAGGGAGUGAGCAGCUGUGUGCCUGCUGGGCUGUUGGCCAGUCAAGCCACCCCAUGGAGGAAGACGUUGAUAACUGGGAGCAAGCGCAGUGGGAGGCCUCCGAGAUGCUCAGGGGCUGGAGCACAUGCCUGGGAGGAGAAACUGAGGGGAAGAACCUUGUUCAGCCUGCAGAAGAGGCGGCCUCAGGAACCUCGUAG